AGGCAAACAACCAGAAUCUUCAGGAGAUCUUACUGCUGAAACUUUCAUAAAAGUUCCAACGCCAUUGUUGGCAGAAGAAAGAUGUUUCAAGGUCUUUUGCUAGGAGUUCUAUCAACUUUAUUCUGUGUUGAAGCAAGAAUCACAUUUGAGAAACUAACCAACUUGGACUAUCCUGGCAACACCUACUAUACCAUAAGAAACCUUUCCUUGUACGAAUGUCAAGGGUGGUGUAGGGACGAAGUGGACUGUGUAGCUGCAGUAUUCAAAUUUGUGGUCAACCCCAUGACCCCUGUUCAAAAUACUACCUGUCAGUUGCAGAACGAAACCAAAGCAUCCCAGCUUGUAGUGGUUCCUCAAAAGAGUAUCAAUACUUACCAUCUAACGAAAAUACACGUUCUCUCAGAAAAUGUUUGUAACCGACUUUGGGCCUUUGAGAAGAUUCCCAAAAAGGCUCUUAGAGGAUUGGACAGUAUCAUUGUCUUCACAGCUAAUAAGAAGGAAUGCCUCGCAGCGUGCCUAAAUGAAAAUCGUUUUACGUGUCGAUCGGUUGAAUUCAACUAUAUGAACCUACAGUGUCAUCUAAGUGAAUAUGACAGAAGAUCACCAGGGGUAUUCAUUGAUAUGAUUGAUAUGGAAGAAGUGGACUACUUUGAGAAUUCUUGUCUUCAAUCGAAUGAAAUAUGCAGCUCUGAAGAGAGAAACUACGAGUAUCCAACAGUGCCAAUCUCUUUAGAAUCAUUGGUGCACUUCGUGGAACUAAAUUAUUACCCUGAUAAAGAAUUAUUGGUAAACAACGAAGAAGACUGUUUACGUCUCUGUAGCAUCGAAAACGAAUUUAUAUGUCGUUCUUUUCUCUAUCGUUACGACGUCCACCCUAGACAGCCGAACUGCGCUUUUUACCACCUAGAUCACAUGACUUUCCAAGAUGGCGCUGAAGCUUAUUCUAAUCCAAACCCGCUCCCUCUACUGGGAAUUAGUAGUACUGCCGGGAUUUACUUGGAAGCUGUUUGUGGAAACGGCACCACAAGACCUCAAACGGGGAGUGGUUCAAUAGAGCCAAAAGUGCCACCUGGACCACUCGAAGACACGAAGACAACACCAUCAACACUAAUUACUGCGGGUAACAUUGAACCAGGGUGUGAUGCGUAUGGAUUUUGCUACGAUGUUACCUUACAAUGCACAGACAGAUAUAUUAAAGUGUUUGUGAACACAAACCGUCCCUUCCAUGGUCGUAUCUACGCCUUGGGAAGAAGUGAAACGUGUAACUCCAACGUUCUAAACGGCCAAAAGUUUCGACUUAAUGUGCCUCUAACCGGACAAGAUUGUAACACAGAAUCACUGGGCGGAGUUUACACAAACACAAUUGUUCUUCAGCAUCACAGUGUUGUAAUGACGAAAGCUGACAAGAUUUACAAUGUUAGAUGUACGUACGAAACCAACCCAAAAAACGUGUCCUUUGAAAUGAUGUCUGUGAGAGACCCGGACACCAUGCAAGUAACUGCUGCACCACCAGCUCCUAUGCCAACGGUCACGAUCCUUAGUUCCGAUGGAAGAGAAGCAACAACUGUGAGAAUAGGAGACAAACUAACUUUCCUAAUAGAAAUACCAGACAACACACCUUACAGGAUAUUUGCUAGGAGUUGUGUGGCAAUGGCAAAAGAUGGAAGUAGCACCUUUCAGAUUACUGACGAGAGAGGAUGCCCCAUUGACAAUACAAUCUUCCCUCGCUUUGUUCAGAGAGGCAGUGGUUUGGAGAGUAUGUUCGAUGCUUUUCGUUUUACAGAGUCGUAUGGAGUGAUCUUUCAGUGUAAUGUGAAAUAUUGUAUCGGAAAAUGUGAACCUGUAGUUUGCGGACUUGGAAGAGAGGCUUACGAAUCGUGGGGACGUCGAAAGAGGGCACUGCCGGCUAAAAAAUACAACGAUGAAAUGACUUUAAGUCAUGAAAUUUUAGUUUUGGAUUAUGGUGAUGGUUCCGCAAGUACUACUACUACUACUAGGAAGAAUGACUAUCAGAAAUUUAAUAAAACAUACAACAUCCAGGAAUCUGUCAGUAUUCGUGAUGACUGCGUUUCGAAGACCUCCGUGAUGGCUCUGAGUGUUAUUAGCGCCACCUUGUUAGUGUCUUACAUCUGUACAGUUGCUUACUUUGUUGUUCAGAAACGAACACUGAAGACUUUCCCUUAAUAACAAACAUUGACCACGCCAUUAUUUUAAACGAUAACUUAUCUUCAUUAUGUUAUUAUGGGCUUUUUGUUUAUAUUCUAAAAAAUAUAUACUGGGAGUUAAAAUAACGGAACUUCUUGCUUUGCAACAAAGGGCAGAUUCAAGAAAAUAAAAGCUGGGGGCUUUAGUUGAUGCUAAUGCUUGUAAUUACUUAAUAGCUAUACUUUUGUGUUUUAAGAAGAAGCCCAGUUUUAUAACAUCAUACCUCAAUACUCAUAUCAACAUUUAACAAAAUAAAUAAAUACUGUAAUUAAAAACGCCCUCUGUGUAUUUAAAAUAUAACAACAAAAAUUAUAAUUAUGAAUUAUUAGAUAUCCCAAUAACAUUUUACUUUAGUAUUUAUUUAUUUUGGCUAAAGACAAAACAUCAUCUUGAGCAUAAAUUGAAAAUGACAGUCAAUUAUGUUAGUCAUAACUUGUUUUCGAAAUUAGUUUAACACGCCAUUGUUACGAGCAAUAAAAGCUCAUAAAAUCGAGAAGUAUUAAAAAUCAUUGGACCCUUUUAAAGUCUAAUAAUUUUUUAUUUUAAUAUAUUUAUUUUAAAAUAGCUUCAAAAGCAAAAUAUAUGAAGUUUCAAAUGACUUUUUUUUCAAGUGAUAUUUUUCAAUGACUAAUUGAUGUGGUAGUGAAUUUUCAAUGACUAGUCUAAUCUAAUAAUUAGUCUAAUCAAAAUUAUUCCGAAUAAUUUCUGUGUUGUAUAUAAUAUAAUAGGUGUAUGUUUUAUAUGGGAAAGGGUUAGUAGUAUGAUGUAGUAGAUUUUCGGUAAAAUAAUCGCUGUGAUUAAAGGAUGGUUUUGGUAAAACUUUGGGGAAAUCAGGAGUGGAAAUUUUUCAUAUUAUGUUUGUUUAAUAUCUACAUAUUGAACUACGUAAAUCCAUUCAAGUUAUGGGAUAAAUAUGAGUGUGCUGUUAAUGUGAAUCUGUUUUACGUAUAUUUUCUACAAUAAAGAUGUGCAAUUUAA